AUGCGACGUGCUCGAUCUGGUUAUUCGGGAAAGCAAAAAUAUUAUGGUAAUCACACACACGUCAAAGAAACACGUCGGAGAACUGUGGUGAAUCAUGUCGGACAUAGAAAUGAACAGCCAAAACGAAAACGACUAUCAGCUAGGAAAAUAAAUCCUUCAAAGCCACAAAAGGUUGCUGAUGACGGAAUAUUUACGGGUACACUAAUUGUAAGUGGGAUUCAGUUUGUUGAUAUGACAAUUUUUCAUGUGUUUAGCAUUUUACCAUGCAAAGAAUGCAAUGAAUGUUGCCAGUUGCCUUACUUUGAAUGAAAUGGGUUAAAAUGAAAAGGGUGUGCCUCCCAUCUUCAGCCACUUUGUUGUUCUUGUUGUUGGAAUAAGCAGUUUUUUACCUCACGUCAGAUAUCACGUUUUUGUUUAAGUAAACAGGAGGUUUGUGUAUGCUCUAAGAUCCAUUGGUUGUGGUCAUCUGCAGCAAAACGGUUUUGUGGUCUGAUGAACAUGCCACCUGUUCCUUGACCAACUCCAUAUUCACAGUUACAUGUCAGACAAAGCAAAUAAGACGAGUGAAUACAAACAUGGAGCUGGCUUGCCUGUGGAUAUUACUGUGCAAUUAAAACCAACUUUUGAGAGCCUAAGGUGAUGAUGGCCUUUUGUCAAGGUGUUUAGAUAGCAAGACUCAAAAUCAGAAUGAGUCUCUAAAGGUAUGAUUUGGGAACAGUUGCCAAAACAAACAUUUGUCGGCUCGGACGUACUGCAACUUGGAGUACAUGAUGCUAUUGCCCACUUCAAUAUUGGAUGUGAAGCUUCUAUUCAAGUUCUGAAGAACAUUGGCAUUAAUCCUAGGAAAUAUUGUGAAGCCGAAUGUUCUCAAUAUGACGAUAUGAUAAGUAAAAAGGCAGACUAUAAGGAACAAGAUAUAGUAAGAUUGUAUAAGUGA